AUGAUGAGCAAUAAUAAUAAUAACAAUUAUCCCUACUCGGGUUAUGUUCCUUUCCAACAACCCCAAGUACCACAACAACAACAACAACAUUUCAAGGUCUAUGUCUUUGAAAACAAGUCCGUUCCAUCUCAACCACAAGCCUUGGAUGUUCAAAAGGCAACGAGUAUUCAUCGUUUGGUGAUUCCUUAUUUGACCUCCUUGAAUGAAUUUCUCAAAUUCUUGGAAGAGAGAAAGAUCAUUGAGAAUAAUGCUUCUGAACCACAACAAACGAUCUUUUACUUGGACGAUGAAAAUCAAUGGGUUACAGUUUCCAACGAGGACGAUUGGAAUGUCCUUUGGAGCUUGUUGAGAGGUCAGAAAGUCAUCAAGGUUUCCAUCUUGAAGAAGCAGCAGCAAACUGCAAGCGUUCCAUCUCAAGAGGAGGCUUUUGAACAACAACAACAACACACUCAUGAAAAGUUAUCCUUUAACUUGCCAUGGUUUGGAGCUCAACGAAGAGGUUGUUGUCCAAGAAGAAAAAGGUUCCAACAUUCAUCUCAUGGUCAUCAUCAACAAGAAGCAAAUGAAAUUCCAUUAUCGAAUUUGAUUGACCAUGUGUUGGGUGCCUUUUUCGAAACACCUUCAGAAAAUGAUGCACAAGAAUCAGGAAAUAAGAACGAAGAGAAGAAAGAAGAAGCCAAUAAGUGUUGCAAUGCUGAUAACAACAACAAUUGCCGUUCAAAUGCAUCACAGACUGAAAGAUCUCAAUGCCCAUUUGUUUCUGGAUCUUCAUGUGGAUCGAAUGGUCAUCCAUUUGCCCACUUGUUCCCAUUCCUUGGUGAAUUUGGUCGUUGUUUCAAUUCCAAUAACAACGCCGCCAAUAACUUUUCAUUUUCACCAGAACAACGCGAACAAUUAAGACAACAAUUUGGUGGACUUAUUAACUUGGCAAAGGAGAAUGUUAACAAUAUUCCACACUUUGGUGUGACUUGUGAUGAAUGUAACCAAAGUAACUUUGUUGGGCAACGUUUGAAAUGCCAAGAUUGUGAGGAUUUUGAUUUGUGCGGCAAGUGUUUUGAGGAGAAAGCUCAACAGCAUGCAGAGGGUUUCCAUAGCUUUACACUGGUGGAACCAAGAGGAAAGAGCUUUGUUCAGAAUUUGAUAUCGCAAUUCGAACAGCAACAGAACGAAACCGUAGGCCAACAACAAUCAACAUCUCCUCAAGCAUCUUCAGAUCAAGCCAGUGACCAACACCAACCAAAAGAAACUGUCGUUGUGAGUGAGCCAUCCGCUCCCCAUUCACAGGUUGAUGAACAACCACAAGAACUGGAAUUGGAUGCUCAACUUUAUCCAUCUGUUGACAACAACAACAAUGGAAUUGUCACCAAUACUACUGCUCAACAACCAACUCAAACUGUUCAAGAGCAUCCAUACUCUCAACAACUUUCCAUCCUCAGGGAUAUGGGAUUCAAUUCUGAAGAAUUGAACCUUCGAUUGUUGAACAAGUACAAUGGUGACAUUCAAAGAACUGUUGCCGAUCUCUUGUCAUACUAUUAA